AUGGCCCGUGUGAGGGGACCGUCUACAUCUGCCGCUACCAUCACCAUACACGACGAGAGACUGACUGAUACCAACACCACAACCCCAGCACAGUUCUCGCAUACUCACAGCCUCACCUCGAAGACCCUCCCGUUCUGGCUAGUCAAUAUUCCCCGGUCGCAAUGGCCAGCCGAGUGCCCUAGUUUUCUACAUGGCCAGCCUCCAAAGAACAUACAAUGUCUUUCGACUCCCGAUGACCACUAUACCCGACAGGACUGGACAGAAGUGAAGGCGAUCAUCGAUACAAACCGCAUCGACCUUUUUCAACGGGUUCCUAGCGAGUUGCGCAGGUAUCUGGAAUUCAUGGCGCAAAUCAAAGCGGAGUAUUCGUCAAUAAUGCGCUUCGUGAUCAAGGAACGGUUACGUUGGGGCGACGGCAAUCAAUCCGACCUGCAGCCUCGCGGCAAACCCUUUGAAUUCGACGAGGACAUCCGAAUCUUAUACAACGACUGGCCGUACGGGGUGGACGUAGACAUUAUCCAUCUGGUGGUUUGGACCAAAUUCGCACUGGAAGAUGAUCCGGUCACGGAAGAGCUCACGGCGAACAUGCGGGCAGCCAUACAAAGCUAUGUGCGGCGCACGUUCUGGCGGGUGCCCGCCGAACAGGUGAUCUGGUUUAGGAAUUGGAAGUCGCUCAAGUCGGUCCAUGCGGUUGAGCAUUUCCAUGUCAUGCUCCAUCGACCAGAUAUGGGGUUUGUGAGGGAGAUCACCCGUGGAGAUGUGCCGCUGAUCGAGCGGGUGUGA